AUGUCUUCCACAUCCAACGUUGGCGACCGCCGUGCAUAUGAGAAUGCCGACCAGAGAACCUACACCGAUGACGAGAUUGCUCAAAUGAAGAAGGAGAAUCGCUUCCACGAGGGCAAGGAGAACUCGCAUCAGGCAAACGACUCCAAGGACGAGCGUACCAUAGCCAACAAGCUCGCCCACGAAGCGAAGCGCGAGCAAGAAGCCGAGGAAGAGAAGACGCAAGAAGACAAGGAGCGCAAGAUCGAUCCUACUCUGCCGGCCAAGAACCACGGCAACGAGCCAUCAAAGGGCGCCAAGAUCGACAAGCAGAUCCAGGAAGAGGAAGAGGAGCUCUUGAAGAAGAAGGGAGAUUUCGGUCCUAAGGCUGCGAACUAG